UAUAAAAUUUCUUGAAGUUUAUGAGCAACGGUUUAUAUAGUAAUCUACAAUGAGAUCUUCUUGUCUGCAAGACGUUGAGCGAAUUCGCGCAGCUCUGAAACGUCGCGAAGAAUUGCUAAGGAAUAAAGAUGUACCUAGACAAUCAGAGCUAUACAAAAGCCUUGGUAAUUCUCUUGGGUCUGUUGUAAUUGAAAACAUGACGCUGCUCUCGAAGGAGGUUAUGGGUGUAACAGACCCGCUGAAAGGCCCAUCUGACAAUCUAUGGUUGCCGCCCUCGAACCGUAUUAAAAAGAAAUUGUGUCUGACUCCGCCAUCACCGGUUGAAGUAACUAAAGCAUUUUGCCAUCAAGGAAUCCUGGAAAUUGGAGAAGAAUUUGAAGCAAAGGUCGAGGAGCAUUGUUUAGAAAGAAUCAAGAAAGCGGCCGAUGAAGCUGCGGAUUUUGAAAGAUUCGAAUGUGAGCGACGUUUGAACUUCGUCCUUGGUUGUGAGCGAUCCAAUCAUCAUAGAGAGAUGGCUAAUCUCGAGGAGGCGUAUCGUGCAGCUUUAUUCGCAGAGCGGAAUGCUCUUCACCAGGAAUAUAUUCGCGGUCGAACCGAAUAUGGCGCGAAGUAUAGAUGCUUCUGUAAGGAGAUAGAGGUGAAAACUCAGAACAACGCAACGCAAACCGUACAACAGGCAGAUGGGAAUUCAGAAGGUUGCAUUUCCAAUGAUCAAACAAAAAGGUACGAAUAUCAGAACAGGGUGAUGAAGUGUUUGUGGGAGGACUUCAAGGAGCACUUGCGGAUCCAACGCCAUGCAAUGGCAUGCUCUAAAGUAACAGAGGUGAUGCAUGUUAUUUGUGCCCAGAAAUUGGACGCUCAGCAAAGAAUUGAGAAGGUGAAAAAGCUCUGCAAUGAGGAAUUGAAUCGUAUAGCUGGAAGCAAUGGAUACAAAUUGAUUAAAGACAAAUAUAUCAGUCUCUUGAAAAGUAUCAAGAAAUUUAUUCAGCUUUCGCAGUCAGAUGAUCCAGAGUUCAAGCGUUUUCUGCUUGAAUUCCAAGAGGAAAUCGAAGAGGAAAUCUGUACAAUUGAGUUUGAGGAGAACCUUUGCCACUGUUGCGCGAAUGCCAAGGAAGCUAUCAGGGAAAAAACCUCAAAUGACCCACGACUUCGCAGUCCGGCUGGUAUUAUUAUUUUCUCAAGGGCCCACGGUCGUCAUAUAUUCUGCUCAUGCCAAACUACUUCUGAAGAGGAAGACAAUGAACUCAAAAAUAAAUAUCAAGUUAAGAAUAUGAAAUCCAAGGGAGAAGAUUACGUCGAUUGGAGCACUAUUUCCGAAAGUGAUGAAUCUUCCAUAUCAUCUGUGAAAUCAAAAAGUUUAUCGGAAGAUGUUCCAAUUACAAGCGAUAUAGGACUAGCUAAGAAAAUCGCAGGCAUGAUAAAUAUUGAGCAUAUUCUAAUCAAGGCUUUCGACAAAGUUAUCCUUAGCGCGAGCGGAUACGUUCCUAUUGAAGUUCUACAACAGAAGCUUUUCGAGUAUGUCACUGAGCAGUUUAAGGACACAUUUAAUCAGGACGCAAUAAUGGAGACCAUCAAGCAAGCUACUGAUAAACGUAGACAAAGCUUCAUAUUGGGUGCGACCGAUUCUUUGGAGCUCAUCAAGGCGAGGCGGAGUACAAAGUCGGGCAUAGCUCAAUCUGAAAGCACCGCGAGCGAAGGUACAGUUAAAGCAACAUCUACCUCAGAACUUUACAGUAGUAAUAGUUCAUGCAUCAACCGAAUUGAGGAUGACUUCCCUGCUGGAAUGGAGAACGAAGAACCAGAAGGUGAAGAAGAAAUUGACAAAUCAAGCGAAGUUGUUGGCCGAGACAUUCUCCGACUUUCGGAAAUGCACCGCCCUGCUUGUUUACGAUCGUUAGAAACUGUCGACAUUCAACAAAUAAGCAACAAGGAUAAAAUUAACAACCGCCAUUUCUGGGAGUCGAUGAUAAAAACCCCAAAAUACAUGCAGCUCUCCACUAGUAAAGUUGAUUCAAAUUGGAUCUAUCGAAAAUCGCCUGAAAAGGAGUGGAAUGAACUUUUGACGCAAGCUUAUGAGAAAUCUAAGAAAGAGGAUGAGGAAAGUAUUGAGGAAGAAACACCUGCUUCCAUUGUAUGCUCUGGGACCAGCUUGGCUGACCCACAGUUGGCGAAAGCAACUAUUGAAACAUUCAGACGUUGCAUCAAAGAGGAUUUCCAUCCCAUAGGAAAGGUUCGUAUUCGGUCCUUGAUAGAUUUACUAGAGAAGAACGAAGAGGUUACUAGGGUACUGUACAAGAAACCAACCAUGAAGCAGGCUUCGACCGAAAAUUAAAUCUCAACAUUUGCCUUCGUAUAUUUCAAAAUUCAUUUAUUUAUUACUCUUAUAAGGACUCUAUUGGUGUACUAAUGAAUGCUAAUAGCAAGAAUUAUAAUGUUA